AUGGUUGAGAAUUUCUAUAAAGCAGGGGAGGGACGAAAAAUGAGAACAACAGAGACCAAACGGGCUUUAAUUUUAAUGUGUGGGGAGAGAUGGAGAAUAUAUUACAUGGGGAGUUGCGAACAAAUGCAACCCAUCUCUGUUCUGCCUGAAGCAACAGAGUUCUACACAGAGUUUCUUUAAUUACCUGGGCGCACAUGGAGGGAGGUUGCCCUCUGCAUUUGGUGCCGAUGAAUCUACGGGGUUUGAUGCCGGUUUCCUAUCAUUAUGCCAAUUCUUUAUUAUUCUAAUUUGUGAAACCUCGAAGGAGGGAGAAAAAUCACAGACAAAGCGCUACCAACUAGAAAGGAUUUCUAUAUUUUUCUCUUUUUCUUCUGUCUGUGGAGGUGUUCUGGCAUGGAAGCAGCAGAGUUAUAGUAGGCGUUCUCAUUUUUCAAGAGAUCUAUAUAGUUUUCUGGUCGACGUCCCUAAUAAUUUCAGUAAAACCACUGUGUUUAUUUGCGAGAAUUUAGUGAUGCUGAGGAAUAGGACAAGAGCAGUGACAGGCAAACAAGCUGUAAUGCAAGAUCACAGCUCUCGAACAUCACCAACCCAAAAUUACACAACACCCAAUUCACCUUUCUUUGCUUCCCCGAGGCUUUUCAGAAAUUUUAAAGCGAAAAAUCCUUCUGAUCGCAGCGAAGCCAUGAUGAGCCCAACUUCAAUUCUCGACACUAAACCUGUAUUCCCCCCUCUUGGAAACCCAUUUUUGUAUGAUAAACCCCAGUCCAAACUCCCCGAAGCAUCUUCAGAAACCAAACACUUUAUGGAAAAAUUAGACUCCAGAGGAAUUGGUCUUGCCCUCGUUCAUUCCCUCGAUGAUGAAGAAGUCAAAGACGAUUCUCCAAAACCCAGAAGCAAAAAGGUUCUGUUUGGAUCACACCUCAAAAUUCAAAUCCCCCCUCUUCGAUCCUUCGCACUUUCUCCCACCGAGUCCCCCAUAUCCCCGGCAGAUUUUGGGAUCAAGACCCGCAAUUCGCAAAUCGGUUCUGUAUCACCAUUUGGGACCGCAAAUUCCCACACCCAAACGAAGGAAUCCCCCGCGGCUGUCACUGGGUUUCUCACUGUGAGUGAGAUGGAGCAUUCUGAGGAUUACACAUGUGUGAUCUCCCAUGGACCCAACCCCAAAACCACUCAUAUAUUCGAUGACUGCGUUGUGCAGAGCUGCUAUGGUGAAAUUUCCGUCUCUACAAUGAAGAACCAGAGUCAUUUUCCUGCAUUGAAGAAAGAGAGCCAUUCUUUCUCAGAUAAAAUUAACUCUCCAUCUCAUAGUUUUCUUAGCUUCUGCCACACUUGCAAGAGGUACCUUGGGCAGGAGAAAGACAUCUUCAUGUACAGAGGGGAGAAAGCAUUUUGCAGUCGAAAAUGUCGCUACCAAGAACUGGUAUUUGAUGGAGUGGAAGAUUGUGAACUGGACGAUGCUUUCAGAACCUGUUCUUGAUUCUCUGUGUCUCUCUUUUCUCCCAAAGCAUCUCAGCAUCUCCAAAAGGAAAAUCUAUAAAUUUCCCUUUCUCUAUAUUUGAAAAUGAUCAGUGAAAGAUGACUGAUUGCAGGCACCAAAGAUCAGAUACCGUUUGCAUUUCAUCACAUCCGUGGGUCUUCUUUCUUUCUUUUUUUUAAAACUUUUGCUUUGCUUUCAAGUUUUGUUGGCGCAUAUAGAGAGAUAAGAAGAAGAAGAAGAAGCAGGCUUGGGAAGUUGCAGAGCUGAUGAAGUCAUGGCUAAUUUGAUUGCUUCUGGGUUUCUUACCCACAGUUUUUGGCUUCGAGUGGAUGAUGAUGUAUAAUCGAACACUUGCAUUAUCUUUGUUUAUUUCUUUUACAUAAAUAAAUACACUAUGAACACCAGAUAUGAUAACUA